AUGGUCGCUGAAUCCCCUGGAUUAUGGCAGGGAUUUGAUUUUGUAAUAAUCUCUCAGGAGAACUGUCCAAACAGCUGUGAAGGCAAGACAGAGCGACCAGGGGCAAUCGUAUUCUUUAAAGCACAGCAAGAGAGACUGAAGCUGAUCAAAAUGAAUCUUUUCUGCUUUUCGCUGGAGGGAUCUACGGAUAGCUUAUAUGAACCAACCUCAGGGCAGCAAGCUAACCAAGAAAGCAGCCGUGGAGGAGCCAGCUGUCCUGUCUCACCCACUGAGGACAGGGCACAAAUACACCACAAUCUCUUCAUGGAAGUUUCUAAUUCUGACAAUGAAGAACCAAAAAAGAGAAAGACAUUCCGGAGAUGUACAUCUGAAAAUAAAAUAUUUGAAGGAAAAACUGUGAAUGACACAAUCUGGCAGGAACCCAGCAAGGCUGAGAAUAAUUCCCACAUCAGAAGGCCCUGUCAGCUAAAAGAUCUAAAUGAAGAUGGCUUUAUUUUGAACACUCACAUGAAUACCUUUCAAGAAAAAGAACAAGGGACUUCUUAUCAGGUGAAUAAUAUGAAUAAUCAACAUUUAGUUGGUGUUUUGUGAAAAUCUUGUUACUGAGCUCUCUAAUAGGCUAGAUAUAGUGUACAAUAUUUAGACAGCCCGGUAGCUACUUUGUAGUUAGUUAUUGUUGAUUGUUUUGUGAUUGAUAAACUUAUGUCCCUAUGAAUUGGAACAU